AAACAUGUUUCUGACGCGUUCAGAGUACGAUCGAGGUGUCAACACCUUUUCACCAGAAGGACGUCUAUUUCAAGUCGAGUAUGCCAUUGAAGCUAUCAAACUAGGGUCAACGACAGUCGGAAUCCGAACCCCAGCAGGCGUCGUCCUAGGCGUCGAGAAACGUGUACAAUCUCCCCUUCUAGAAGCCAGCUCCAUUGAAAAGAUAAUGGAAAUCGAUUCCCACCUCGGCUGUGCCAUGUCUGGUUUGACGGCCGACGCCAGAACUAUGAUCGACCACGCUAGAGUAACUGCCCAAAAUCACGCGUUCACCUACGACGAAAAGAUCAAGGUGGAGAGUGUGACGCAGGCCGUGUGUGAUUUGGCGCUGAGGUUCGGAGAGAGUGUGCACGACGAGGAGGCCAUGAUGAGUCGGCCGUUUGGUGUCGCGUUGCUGAUUGCUGGGAUCGAUGAGCUUGGUCCACAACUAUAUCACACAGAUCCUUCUGGUACCUUCGUACGGUAUGAGGCGAAAGCCAUUGGGUCUGGAUCAGAAGCGGCGCAACAGGAGCUGCAAGACAAGUGUCAUAAGCAAAUGACCCUGAAGGAAGCACAACUCCUGACUCUCCGCGUUCUUAAGCAAGUUAUGGAGGAGAAACUGGAUCAGCACAAUGUGCAACUAGCUCAGGUAACGUCGGAGAAGGGCUUUGAGAUUUUGGACGAGUCAAGUCUGAAGCAAGUAAUUGAAGAAAUGUGAUACUAUUUGGAUAGACCUGUAAUGCCAACCUUCCUCGACAUCGAGCCCACCAGGAAUUAUCAGAAACUGAAC